GCGUGAGUGCGCCGGGGCCGGCCGCGCUGCAUGGGGGCGGGCGCCGGCCGCCAUGGAGGGGGUGCUGUACAAGUGGACCAACUACCUGAGUGGCUGGCAGCCUCGAUGGUUUCUUCUCUGUGGUGGCAUCCUGUCCUAUUAUGACUCUCAGGAAGACGCCUGGAAGGGUUGUAAGGGAAGCAUCCAAAUGGCUGUAUGUGAAAUUCAAGUUCAUCCUGCAGAUAACACACGAAUGGAUCUGAUCAUCCCAGGGGAGCAAUACUUCUAUCUGAAGGCAAGAAAUGCAGUUGAAAGGCAAAAGUGGCUGGUUGCACUAGGAACUGCUAAAGCCUGUCUGACUGACAGCAGGACACAGAAGGAAAAAGAGUUCACUGAAAACACAGAAGCCUUGAAGACUAAAAUGUCUGAACUUAGACUGUACUGUAACCUCCUUGUUCAGCAAGUGCAUAAAACGAAGGAAGCCAGCAUUUGUGGUGUAUCAGAAUCAGAGAGUGAGAUUGAUAUGGGAGCUCUGUUAAAAUCAACCUGUGAUACCUUCCUGAAGACUCUAGAAGAAUGUAUGCAGAUUGCAAAUACUGCCUUUACUUCUGAGUUAUUACAUCAGACCCCACCUGGAUCUCCGCAUUUAGCAGUCCUCAGAACAAACAAGAUAAAGCACUCUGUCUUGUCCAGUCACACCUUAACGGAAAGGCAAAUGGAAUUGAACUCCUGUGAAAAUGGCUCUGUGAAAGCAGAAAUUAACCAUAAAGAGCAAACCCUUAUUAAGAGCCUGGAAUGUUUAAAUCUGGACACAAAUGAGGGGAGCAGUGAUAUUUCUGUUGAAGAUCAAAUAGCAGAGGAUUUUGCAGGCAUGAAAGAAGAUGGAGAGAACAAGCUGCAAGCUGUAGAAAGCUGUGGUGCCCAAAAGUUGCUGCAGUCAGAAACAAAUUCUUUAAGUGGAUUGACUCUGUGUGAAGAAGACGGAAAUGAAAAUGAUACUCCUACCUUCUUCAGUGUCAUGAGCAAUAGGUUCAGUGAUAUUGAACUUCGGGAGGAGGAGGGCAUACCAACAGAAGAGUUUCUGGAAUCAUGUUAUGCAAUUGUGCCUGUUCUGGACAAACUGGGACCAACUGUUUUUGCUCCUGUUAAAAUGGAUUUUGUGGGUAACAUCAAGAAAAUAAACCAGAAAUUUAUAACCAACAAAGAAGAGUUUGAUACUCUUCAGAAGAUAGUGCUCCACGAAGUGAAUGCAGGUGUAGCACAAGUUAGAAACUCUGCUACAGAGGCUCUCCUUUGGCUGAAAAGAGGCUUGAAGUUCUUGAAAGGGUUUUUGACAGAAGUGAAGAAUGGGGAAAAGAAUAUCCAAACAGCUCUGAACAACGCUUAUGGCAAGACGUUACGGCAGCACCACGGUUGGGUUGUCCGCGGGGUCUUUGCGUUAGCUUUAAGGGCAGCUCCGACAUACGAAGACUUUGUGGCAGCUCUGUCUGUAGAGGAGUGUGAUCCUCAGGAAGAAACAUUUUACAAAGGAAUGCAGAGGGACCUCAACAUUUACUUACCAGCCAUGGAAAAGCAGCUAAAUAUCUUGGACACUCUCUACGAAGUACAUGGUUUGGAGUCAGAUGAGGUGGUAUGACUACAGUAAGCGUCUUCAAACUUCAGGGACCGUCUCUGUUAACAAAGAUUUAUUUCAUUCGAUUGGUUUUUUUGGACAUUGUUUCUGUUCAUUGUAUCUUUUCAGGUGGGAAUGGUGUUGUGAGUGUUUGUGGGGAAGGUAUGUAUGAUUUUUAUGGUUUUGUUAUGCUCAUUCUGUGUUUAAAUGCAGAGGUACUGUUUCGUUUUGGGUCAUAACUAUGUCCGUGAUGAAUGUUUUUGACUGUUUCUCUCCUGCCUGUGCGCUUCCACUUCCCCUCCUAAAAGUAACAGUGCAGAAUUUGGCCUUAGCUCCCAUACCUUAGAGGGAGAUCUUCACACAGGCAUAUGUGGCUGGUGGUCUGAGCUUCCCCAGGAACGAGCCUUGGAAACUGGGUGUCAUGUUCCCUGACCAGCUCCCCAUAUAUGCCCUGUCAGCUCCUGCCAGUAGACAGCAAGAAAUUUGCUGGCACAGACUUAAGCAGAGCCCAGGUAAUUUCAACAAUGUUUUACACAAGCGAUUGACGAUGAUGUCCAUUGUCCUGGCUAUUAAGGUUUUGGUGGCAUUUUCUGUUUUGGGUUUAGGAUUUUCUGAAAUCAAAUUCACAUGAAAACCUAAUAUUUACUUUUAAAUUUAAAUUGCUUAAAUUUAACUCUAGCAGUUUAAAAAGCAGAUUUCAUUGAAGUCCUUCCUAGGCUGCCGUUAUGGGCAGAGACUUCAUGGAAGUGGACAUGAAAUGAGUAAAGCAUAGAGGAAGGUAGAAUUUGUCACAGAGCCAUUACACAUUGGACCAAUUGCAAAACUGAAAAUCUGAAAUGACGUAGAAGUGUCUGGAAAUUUGGAAAGUAAGAUUUGCCCUUUUUCCCAUUUUGCUGAUACAGUUAAAAAUGUGCUCGUUGACACUGCUGCUGUUAAAAAGAAUAAAGAGGUCCUUUCAGCUAGUGACGUGGUUAAGGACAAAAUUCCUAGUUGUGUUGAUGACUAGAAGGCUGACUGUAAAUUAUUGGAGGUACAAGCUGGUCUCUCAGUAGUGACCUAGGGCUUCAGAUGGCUUUGUACAAAGAGUUCAGUUUAACUUAUGUGCAAGAGGAGAGAAGACUGUGUUAAUGAAGUACUUAGAAUUAUAAAUCUUGGUGUAUAUAUAAGAGAAGUCAGUGUUGCCAGAGUCAGAAGUACUGUCUUUCGCUGGGCUAAGACCCAUGUUGUAAGUAAAAUGAAUGUACUUCAGGCCUGCAGCCCUGCAUUGCUCUGUGAUGGGAGCCUCUCUGCACACCAAAUACUUGAUACUUUCUAAAGGGCCUGAUAUUGUGAGCUUUAAUGAAAGCAUAUAAUGCUUGAAGAAAAGACCAAACAUCACACUUGUUGUAUAAAGCAAGAUAGCUUGACUCUAAUUAGGCAUUUAAAGGAUGUGAUUUUCUUGUUCCUGUCAUCCUCGAGUUUUGCCUGUCUGUCGUUCUUAAAGAGACAUACUCAAAUGUGGGGGAGUUUUGGGUUUUUUUAUUUUCUUAAUUUAAGUGGUGUAUAUAUGAGUACAAAGUUAAAACUUUUGACCAAAGCUCCAUUGAAUUAUUUCACUGCUUGUAGUACUAAAAGUGAAGCAGAGAGCCUUUUGGAUGUGGAUGGCUACUUCUUCUAAGCAUGAAUGCAAAGAACCCACCCCUCUAGUAGAAAAACCAACUCUCCACCCUGCAUUGUUUCCUCAAGGUUUUCAACUGUUAUGUGGGAAACUUUGAUGUUACAGUUCUACCUGGAAAGGUAAUAGAGACCACAUUUGCACAAAGUAUCAGCUAGGGUAUUGGGAGAGCAGAAAGGGAUCUCUCUUCUCUAAAAAUUAACUGUCAGGUAAUGAAAAUUCACUUUCCUUUUCCCUCUAAGCUUUUCCGGUAGCAGGAAAGCAUAUUCAGCACUUAAAAUCUUUGGAAGUAUUUUGGGGUUUUCAGUUUGUUUGGUUUGUUUUUUCACUAGUUAGUGCACAUCAGACACAAUAUGUGAUGCAAAAAGUUUAUUUCAUAGGCAGAGAACUGAAGAACUUCCUUGGCCACUAGCUUCAGCCGUGACUAACUUCUACCACCAUCCCUUCUUCUGACAAGUAGAGAGUGGUCCACAUUGCAUGUCUGCUAAUCAGCAUGGCAUCCUGCCUCAGAGCAGGCUUUCUCAUCUUGCUCUUCAGUGUAAAGUUGGUCUUUCUGAACUCUGAAAUUGGUGCUUGAGAACAUUCUUAGGAGACCGUGGCUUGAGGAGACCCCUGAGUGCUUGUUAAACAGGGGACUUGUAGAGAGGAACUGAGCAGUGUCUCCUUGCCUUCAAAACGUGUGCUUCACCAUGCACUGCUCUUGCAGGAUGUUAUGCACUUUGAAGACUUGUGAAUGUUAUCUUUCCAGUCAAACUACCACUGAGAAAGAAAACCAUACAGCAUGUUGCAGAGCUGAACUCCAAGCUAUGCCUCUAAGGAUGCAAUAGACCAGAUGACCAAAUGGAAGCAAAACACUGCUAGACAAUUCACUUCUUUUCUUCCAGUGUCAGUUUGGCAAACAAAGAGGAUAGCUUUUCAUUUUAAUAAUUGUGGAGAACAAGCAACUAAAUUUUGGCCUUCAAAUUUAGAAAUGGAGAGAAGGCAGGUCCGUAUUUUCUGUUUGUUUUUUUGGUUCAUGGAUUGGUUAGGGUUGUUUGGUUUUUUUUUCUUUAAUGGCUAACAUUUAUGAGCAAUUGGUAUGUGUACUGAUGGAGGUCCACAUGACUCUCGGAUAACAGCACCUUUGCUCUGUAUACUUUACAUUAACUGCUUUGGUUUCUUUAACUGCACUAGUCUUGCAUCCCUUUCCUUUAGAAAUACUUUUACCUGUUUCCUUCAGUGUCUAACAGUUGCAUAUUCUCAGGGAUUUUUCUUAGCCAUGGCAAAAUAAGUAAUCACAGCCUUACCCUAGGGGAGUAAAGGCUGCUUUUUGUGAAAUUAGCAUAGCUGAGCAUAGGACAUACAGCAUAUGACACUGCUGGUGUAUCUCCAGUACGCAUCCUUGCUGAGACAUGGUAAAUCCCAAAGCAAUCUGAUAGAAGCACUAUCUAGUACUGAAUAAUGGCAGUUGGCAUAUUUGAAUAGAUCUCACACACACAUCUUAGUAAUAUAGUGACUUUGGCAUUGGUGCAGAACUCUCAAAUUUCAGUCGAGUUCUGCUUAGCAAUGGGAAGCUUUUAUUUAUUUUGUUUGUAUUUUUUAAAACCAGCUGUGUUCUGAUACCCCUUCUGCUAUUUUAAGACACCAUACUCAGUUCCAUAGUGAAAUUCUGUGACAUUACAAUUGUAGAAUAUGAACUGGAUACUCUUGUGCUUUAGUGUAAACUUAAGGAGUCAUUGAAACAUCCCAUCUGUUGUAAUAUGGGUCUCCCUUUAACAAAUGCACUUAAGGACCAUAUACCUUCACUUAGAAGCUUUUUGUAAAGCACUAUCAGGAUUUAGGUUACAGCUGUUUGCUUUUAAAAUGUUUCAUAGUUUAAAGAGUGUCACUUGGUUGUCUGGACAUUUAUGAACUAUGCCCAAAGGUACUCCAGUUGUUUGCAGCAAGCUUUGGCAAAGGGGUGUGGGCCGUUAUAGAGAACAGUGCUACGUAUGUUUGUCCAUAUGCUGGAUCUUCUAAUCAUUUCUUUUUGUGGAAAACUUUAGGGAACUUUAAACAGCCUUUCAGACACCAGAAAAUAUCAUUAUCAUGUUCCUACCUGGCUAUCUUUCCCUCUUCCCCCACUUGAUUACCACCCCUUCCUUUCCUUCCAUUGUCAUCUCUUUUGCUACCAGAGCUGUUAUUGUCACGUUGAAACACAUCUCCAUAGAUGUACAAAGCAGAAAACUUACAAAGCUUUGUAAGUGAUAGAAAUGUAAACAAGGAAAAAUCAGACCUGACUUCUAUGGCAGGCAACCAACAUACAGUCCAGUGGAGAAUGUGCUGGCUUUUCUCUGAAGGUUCUCCCUGCUUUGACAUACUUUGCCAGGAAAGCCACACCACUUUGAACUUUUAAUUUCAUGGAUGAAAUUUAAAUUGUGACACUUCAGACUUGGCAGUUCUACCUCUUACAUGUGAAAGCACAGGGAUUUUUAUUAUUAUUUUAAUUGACUUAUUUCUCUUCUCUUGCCUGCAUAGUACAGAUAACAAAACAAAAAGAGAAGGGGAGUGGGAAUAACUGAAUUGAUGCCUCUUUGCUACCUUCUGUAGCCCCCUUGGUGAACAAAACCUGCAAACUACCACAGCAAUAUAAAAAUCACCCUUGUGCAGAAGGGGUAUUGUAGCACGCUUAUUGUCUCUGAGCAAGCCCAAGCAGUAGCUGAUCCUGCCCACAGUUCCCAUAGGGAUUUAAGUACUUGCUUUGAAGUUAAGAACAUCAGCACAUGCUUCACUUAACCACACGUGCACCCUCCCACUGGCAUGCAGUUCUUCAAAAUGUGGGCUUUGGCUAUCAUUUUUAAUAUCCCUGUUUUAGUAAAGUAUUUCUCCCUCCAGAUACUCCAGGUAUGCUAGAGGUGGAUUGUUUUUUCUUUUAAUGUAUGAAACUUCCUUGUUUUCAUAUCCUGAUUUCUGCUUAACACUAAGUUUGUUAAUAUUAUUUUGCAUUGUAGCAUUCAGAGGGUCCAAAACUUACUAAUGCCUUUAAUUUAAAGACAUAUUAAAGUUUUAGAUUUAUGUCUACAUGAAACUAAACAGUAAAUUGCAUUCCAGAGUACAGUGAUUAAACUGAAAACCAAAGCAGCUUGCUUUUGUGGUUUCCUUUUCUCAAGCUGGUUUUGGGCAUACGUUUAUUAUCAAUGUCAAACUGAGCUUACUGCAAGCCUUACUUAUACAUACUGAAAUACAUUACCUAUGUACUAAAAUGCAUUUAAAGAUGAAGAGAAGGCAUAUUGCCUCACACUUUAAAUUUACUGAAGUCUAAGGGCUUGUUCCUGCCCCUAAAAUCACCUCUUCCCAUGUAAGCAUUGCACAAAUUGUGGUGUCAUAAGCAGGGCAAUCCAAAAUACUUUGGAUACUUCAGUCUGCAUCGUCUCUCGAGUCAUACAGCAUCUGUCUCUUCUUUUGGAGCAUUGUUAAGACCUUUGUCAGACUUUUCUAUUAUUUCAUUAUAAUAAACUUAUUUUAAAUAAGCAUGUUUUAAAAAAAUCUCACUUUCUCCUUGCAUGGAUUUUGUUUCUUUAAUUACAGUAGAGGGCCUAAAGUGCUCCUCAGGACUGCAUCUGUUCUACAUACUGUGUGAACAGUUGAAAACGGUAUGUUUCUGAUUCACAGAAGCUACCUGUAUGUGUCUUUGUAUGAAGAAUGUUAACACACAUGGAGCCUGUUUUGAU